GCGUCGGCGCUCGGAGACUCGUCGCGCCGGGUCAAGGUUCAGCCGCACAAAACGAUGGCGGCGGCGGUGACCUUCUGCCGGCUGCUGGGCCGGGCCGGCGCGGGGGCGCGGAGCUUGCCCUGGGGCGCCAGGUGUUUCGCGGUGCGGACGUCGCCGACUGGGGAGAAGAUCACGCACACCGGCCAGGUUUAUGAUGAUAAAGACUACAGGAAGAUUAGGUUUGUAGGUCGUCAGAAAGAGGUGAAUGAAAACUUUGCCAUUGAUCUGAUAGCAGAGCAGCCCGUGAGUGCGGUGGAGAGCCGGGUGAUAGCCUGCGACGGCGGUGGGGGCGCGCUGGGCCACCCGAAGGUGUACAUCAACCUGGACAAAGAAACAAAAACCGGGACGUGUGGUUACUGUGGGCUCCAGUUCAAGCAGCACCAUCACUAGAGCGAGUCUUGCACCGCAGCCCCGGGUGUGCGUGCGAGCGUGUCGGCGCUGAGAAUAAAGUACGUGCGGGUCGCUAGUCUGCGUGAGGGGUUCCUGGCGUGGAAUAAAGGGUAUUGCUGG